AUGGCCGAACGCCCGCAGAUGACGUUGGCCGAGAGCCUCAGUUUCGGCCAAAAGCCUUCAGACGCUCGUCUCUCCAUCCCCACACCAGCGCGAAUUCCGCUAGCAGGACUCAUUGGCUUCGGUAUCGGCACCACUCUGGGUCUCGCUCAUGGAGGCCGCAUAGCUCAGCUGCGCUUCCGCGCCGAACACGCGCACAAGAUGCCCACAACCACGACCGGAUGGUACCUAUACCACAAGAGCAAGAACUACCAUACUAUGUAUGGCGGCUUCAGGGAAAGCAUGACUAUGGGAGCUAGACUAAGUUUCUGGACCCUCAUGGCCUUUGGUUUAGAGAGCACAAUCGACCGGUAUCGUGGCCAGAGCGAUCUCAUCAGUACUGUAUCGGCCAGUUUGACAGUGGCCGGUACUUUCAGUCUAUGGAACCGCUUCUCUCUUCCGACGGCAGCACGCACAGCAAAAUACGGUCUCCUGUUUGGACUGGUAUAUGGUGGAUUACAAGACGCCGUUGGCCUUGCUCGAGGGCGUCCUAUUGGCUACGUCGAAUCUCUGCGCCGGCGAUUUGGAUCUGGCAAGGCACCGAAAGCCAAUCAGCCUCAGAGUGGCUAA